AUGGCGGAGCUGGCGUCGGGCGCCGUGGGGACGCUGCUGGGCGUGAUCAGCCACGAGGCGCUUAGGCUCGGGCGCGUCCGGCACGACGUGCAGUUCAUCCAGGAGGAGAUGGAGAGCAUGGGCAGCUUCCUGGCGAACCUCUCCGGGAACAGCCGCGAGCACGACGAGCAGGUCCGCACCUGGAUGAACCAAGUCCGGAUCCUCGCCAAUGACUGCAACAACUGCAUCGACCUCUACCUCUACCGCGGGGACCCAGCGCUCCACCUGCCCAAGGAAGGCCCCGGCCGCUACCUCCGGUGGGCUCCUUGGCUGGUGCGCAAGCUGCUCGCACAGCAUCGCGCCGCCGGCCAACUGAGGGAACUCAAGGACCGGGCACAAGACAUCGGCAACCGCCGAAUGAGAUAUGGUGUCGAGGUCAAAACGGAGUCAUCAUCUUCCAGGGCUGGGCUCACGGAGCCAUUGUUGUUGCCGGCACCACAAGACCAUGAAGACGAAGCAGACAUGGACAACGACCAAGAUGGGGUUGAUCCACUCAAGGUGGCCUUGUCCAUGACUAGCAUGAGGAUGGACAAGGAAGACUUCUUUCAAAGGAGGCUAGAUCAAUGGAUCGGAUUGGUGGUGCAAGUGAGGGCGGAGGCGGCGGAGAAACACAUAAAGUCGAAUGUGGCGGAAUCAAGGAAACUGGCAGCCGAAUCAAAACCAUUACUGCCUUCCAUCGCCUUUGUGGUAACGGAUAAUGAGGACGCCAACGCCAACGCUCAUGCUCUUGGGAGUAAAGCCCUGGAGGUGGCAAGAGCCUAUUUUGAGAAGGCAGAGGACAUCCAAGAUAAGGUUGUCCCGCCGGAGAUGAAGCAUGCGGGUGCCCUUACGCGUGAAGAUAAGGCGGUGCCACCCAAGAUUAAGGAUGUCGGCGCCCUUGCGCAUGAAGAUAAGGGUGUGCCACCAGAGAUCAAGAAUGUGGGUGGCCUUGCGCGUGAAGAUAAGGCUAUGCCACUGGAGACCAAGGAUGCCGGUGCUCUUGCGUGUGAAGACAAGGCUAUGCCACAGGAGAUCAAGGAUGCCAGCCCAGUUGUGCCACCGGAGAUCAAGGAUGCCAGCCCAGUUGUGUCACCGGAGACCAAGGACAACGGUGCCCUUGUGCAUGAAGAUAUUGUGGUGCCACCGGAGGUCAAGGAUGCCAACGCCCUUGUGCAUGAAGACAAGGCCAUUCCAUCGGAGACAAGGGAAGACGGUGCCCUUACGCAUAAAGACAAGGCCAUGCCACCAAAGAUCAAGGAUGCCGAUGCUCUUGUGGAUGAAGAUAAGGUGGUUGUGCCACCGGAGACCAAGCACAUCGGCGCUAUUCGCACGAAGAUAAGGCGAAAACCAAUGAGGCUCUUGUGCAUGAAGAUAAGGCGGUUGUGCCACCGGAGACCAAGGACGCCGGUGGUGCUGCUGGAGACCAAGGAUGCCAGCGCCCUUGUGAAUGAAGAUAAGCCUGUGCCACAAGAGAACAGGGACGCCAGUGGUGCCCUUGUGCACGGAGAUACGGCGGUGCCGCCGGAGACAAAGGGCACUGGCGCUCUUGAACACAAAGAUAUGCCCGCUGUGCCACCGGAGACCAGUGACGCUAACAACGCUCUUAUGCACAAAGAUAAGGUAGCUGUACAGGACACUGGAUAUGUUGUCAUCUUGGUCGACGUCCCUGAGGUGCACUAUGAUUUUAUAACACUACGACCCCACAAGAUUCUCUGCUACAUCAUGGCUGAGCUCAAGCGGCAGCAAGGCACAAAACAAGAUCCUCCUAAAACAAGAUGGGGCACUUACAAAUACACAAGGGACACAAUCCGUGAUAUCAAGCAACAGAUAGAUAAAAUGAAGGCCGACAGCAAGAUAAAUGACAUCAAAAUUUGCACUCUCAAGGAUGGUAUGAAGGAGCUGCCGGACCGGCAAAAAUUGCGCAAGGACGGAAUAGAUUUGGAAAAAGAAAUAUUGGGUAAAAACUUGGACCAACUCCUCUGGUUGCUCAUCUACCAGUCAACUACUACUGCUGCUGCAUCAGAAUCAGAAAAAGAGAAAAAGAACAAAUCCAUGGUAGCAGAAUUGUAUGAUGCCAUCAUCAAGCAAACAGCCAAGAAGCUUAAAUCAAAAAUAGAAGCCGGCUCAAGCUCAGAGCAGCUGGAGGGGCCCGAAUAUGAAGACAUCCUGUCAACGGUGUUCCCAAGGUCGAUCAGUACCACCAUCACCGCUGGCAAUAGUCCUCUUGUUGGCACAUCGGUUGAUGAUGAAAUCAAAGAAAUGGUCAGAGGGGUUAAAGACAUGCUGCACGAGUUACGGGAAUUAGAAAAAUCUGCCAAGAACCCAGAGGUGAUCCCGGAAGAUGAUUUUGAUGAAACCAGACAGCAGAAGAAGGACGAAAUCAUAACGGAGAUUAGGAACCGUCUCAAGAUCAAAAUGAUGGCGCAAAAGAUUAAAGAAUGUUUGAGAGGUGAUGAUCAAAGGAUCCUGGUCAUCCUAAAAGUUUAUGACAAGUAUAUACCCCAAUGGGAGGAGACCAGAAACACUUUGAGACCCCGAGGAUUGGGGUGGUGCCCCAUCGCUGGUGCUGUGAUCGUGGCGACAAAGACCACUCAACAGGACAUCAAGCAAUAUUGUGGCUGUCAAGAGCUGGAGCCUAUAGAAUAUUCUCUUGUUGGCCUCUACCUUGAUACUGUGCUCCAGAAUACAGGCCAGCAUAUGAAUGAUCAACCCAGCCGCCAGGUUCUACGCGACAUCUUGUGUAAGUGUGAGCCACAUGAAUUCUGCAUGAAGAUCUUUGCUCAUGCAUUGUACACCAAACCCAAGAGGAGCAGUGGAGAGCUGAGCAAGUUGAAUAGCACCUUGCCUGCCGGUGCCACACAAAAAUCAUUGCCCACUAUGAUGUUCAAGUUCUCUUACAGGGAUCUGCCUAAAGAGUACAGGUCUUGUUUGUUGUACCUAGCUAUCUUCCCUGGAGGAAAAAUCAUCAGACGGUCAACCUUGGUAGGACGAUGGGUUGCAGAAGGGCUGAUAACCACCAAAGAUUGGCGCUGGUCCUCUUCAGUGGAUGAAGCCGAGAAAUGUUUUGAUACGCUCAUUGCCCGGUGCUUUGUUUGUCCUGCUGGCAUUGAUGCUACUGGAAAGGUCAAGAGCUGCACUGUGCAUAAGCUAGUUUAUGGAUUCAUCACCAAGAUCGCCAUGAAGCAGCGCAUUCUGGAGACAAGGCUGUCACAUCACUUGGCUCGGCACUUCUCCAUUUUCAGUGAUGUCCGUCUCCGCAGCUCUGAAACAAUUGAGAAUUUCUUGAAAAAUUCAUCUCAGUUCUCCAAGCUCAAGGUGCUAGAUCUAGAAGGCUGUGAUUGCUUCCCGCAGAACCAGCACUACCUGAGUCACAUAUGCAGGAAUAUACUAAUGCUCAAGUAUCUCAGCCUAAGGGGAACCGGUGUUACCAGGCUGCCCAGUGCAAUCAACAAUCUACAUGAGCUGGAGGUAUUGGAUAUCCGGGACACCGAGAUUCAUGCGUCUGCAACAAGACAUGUCCUGCUUCAAAAGCUGAAACGUUUCUUGGCUGGUCAAAAGCUGAAGCGUGUCUUGGCUGGUCAUGUCGAUUCAAGUCAGAGCAGUCCUAGUGACUCCCCCAGUGUCCAGAUGCCUGAGAUCAACAAAAUGGAGUGUGUGGAGGUACCGUGCAAUGUCAAGCCGAAGAAUCGUUGGAACCGUCUAUUGUCUGGUCAUGUUGAUUCAAGUCCUGCUGACUUCUCCAGUGUGCAGAUCCCUGAGAAGAUUGAAAAAAUGGUGGGUGUGGAGGUAUUGUCCAACGUUAAGCCAAAGAAUGAACAAGAUUUGAAAGAUAUUGGAGGUCUGAAUGAGCUGAAGAAGCUCGGUGUGGCUAUCAACAAGGAGAGUGACCUCAAGUCAUUGCUUAAUGCAAUCAGUGACCUCCUAAACCAGUCCCUCCGUUAUCUGUCAAUUACUCUUGACAUAGAUAUAUACAAGGUCCCUCCAUCAGAGCUGAGUCUGAAACAAAACUGCCCUGAUGUUCUUGAGAGACUAAGUAUAAAUGAAAGCACUAGCACACAAAAGGGGCAACUUCUUAAGAUAUUGGUUGGAAAUGGAAAUCAACUUGCCAAGGUGACUCUGACUGGUACCUCCUUGAGCCAGGAAGAUCUGAACAUCCUUGCCAAGCUUGAAAACUUACACUGUGUCAAGCUUCGACACAAUAAGUACGAUGAGAGCAAGCUCACUUUCAACAAGGGUGAAUUCAAAAAUCUCAAGAAUUUUCUUGUUGAGGGAAACAACAUGACUGAAAUCACAUUUGAUGAUGGAGCUGCUAGUAACCUUGAGAAGAUUGUUCUGUCCUCCACCAACAUAGUCUCUAUCAGUGGAGUCGGCUACCUUAAAAAAUUGGAGGAGCUCGAACUGAACAACAUCAAGAACAAGGGCAUAUUGCAUUCAUUACUUUUCAAUGCCAAACACAUAACCAGGCUGACUCUUCGUGAUACAUUGCUGGAACAAGGUGAUCUGGAAAUCCUCGCCCGCAAACGAAAGAUGCGCUACCUAGCACUCUUCGGGAAGUUUUACAAUGGCAGUCAGCUUAUCUUCAAUAAAGAUGAAUUCCAAAAGCUCAACUUUCUUAUUGUCGGCUCCUCCUACAUCACCGAGUUAAGCUUCACCGACGGGUCUCCUAAUCUUGAGAAGAUCGUCUGGUCAUUCAAGAAUAUUGUUUCAAUGUCUGGAAUCGACAAACUUCCUGCACUGAAGGAGCUGGAGUUGAAUGGUGACAGUGUCCCUAAUGAUGUUGAACAAGUCAUAAAAAAACUAAAGAAUAGGCUUGAGUACAAACACAAGGAUAAGCCAAAAAAACAAGAAGAAAAACAAGGUGGUCCUGCAAGAUGCCCGUCCUUGUGGAAGGCGAAGGAUUGGUGCUGGAGGAACUGAAGGCUUUCCCAUUACUUCUUCCGUUCAUCACCAAUUCCUGCCAUGGUAUGUGGUUGUGUGUGCUCAUGUGGUUUGCCAUUGUGUGUUUCCGUCUACUGAGUGUGCAUUUGUGUUCUGCUUGUGCCGAGUGAUUUGAGUGGUGUGGGUGUAUCCAGUUACUUGUCCUGACCUGCAUGUGUGGCUUGUGAUUGUGGUUGAGCAUAAUGGUUGUGCAUAUGCUCACGGGUCUGGAUUUGUGUGGCUUUCCACUGGACAAAAUGGUUCCA